UCUGAUGUUUAAACGCGCCAUAAAAGUGCGUUAUAGCUCAGUGAUGACUCUAAUAGCAUAGAUGGUAAUGGCGCUAUUUCAUCCACACACUUCGCCUUCUGCAGUUUCAUCUUCCUCCGCCUCAUUCUAUGGGAGUUCUCUUCAACAACUCCGUUCGCGCACCAUAGCCCUCAAUCUUCGAAACAGCCCCUCCAUCCCUCAUCGUUUCACUUGCACAGCUUCAUGGCAGGAGCUUGCGGGGAUUUUGAUAUUCUCCGCAAUUCCUUUCACGGCCGUGAAAGCCAUCGCCAAUAGCCCAUUCGGAGAGUCGCUCCAGAGGCAAUUGGAAAAGAAAAAAAAUGCUGCGGUCGCCAAGUCUUCGAAGUUCAAGGCUCUUGCUGAGCAGGCUAGAAAAGAUAGCUCGUGGUAUGGAGAAAAGCGUCCUCGCUGGCUUGGUCCACUACCAUACAAUUAUCCAAAAUAUCUGACAGGUGAACUGCCGGGUGAUUAUGGAUUUGAUAUUGCAGGUCUGAGUGAGGAUCCAGUGGCUUUUCGGAAGUACUUCAACUUUGAAAUACUGCAUGCUCGUUGGGCUAUGUUAGCGUCCCUUGGUGCUUUAGUUCCAGAGAUCUUAGAUAUUUUUGGAGCUUUUCAUUUCACUGAACCCAUCUGGUGGCGAGUGGGAUAUUCAAAACUUAAGGGAGAUACACUCGACUAUCUUGGAAUUCCAGGGCUUCAUUUAGCUGGAAGCCAAGGAGUGAUCGUCAUUGCAAUUUGCCAAGCUAUUUUGAUGGUUGGACCUGAGUAUGCAAGAUAUUGUGGCAUAGAGGCAUUGGAGCCUCUGGGAAUAUAUCUGCCGGGGGAUAUAAAUUAUCCAGGUGGUGUGUUGUUUGAUCCCUUGAACCUGUCCGAGGAUGCUGCAGCUUUUGAGGAACUGAAAGUGAAAGAGAUUAAAAAUGGGCGGUUAGCCAUGGUUGCUUGGCUAGGAUUUUACAGUCAAGCUGCUUUGACGGGUAAGGGACCAAUCCAAAACCUUCUUGAACACGUUUCAGACCCUUUCCACAAUAACUUUCUUUCCCUGCUCAACUCAUCAUGAAGUAGCUUAUAAUUGGAAUCUGGAUUAUAAAGUAUAGUUUCCUCAAAUCUAUAUAGUGUUCAUAAGGGAUGGACAAACAAUCAUGCUGUUCUAGAUGGGAGAUUGUUGCUUGAUAAGUUAAUACUUAAUGGUGUGGUCAUUAUAUCUAUCUGUCGUACAUCAAGCAUCUUUGAGAA